AUAAGCAGGGAAUCUCUAACUAAAACAAUAGUGUUUCCUAACUUCUUCAGACAACUCGUCUCAAUACAGAUCGCUUUUAAACAUGAAUACUAAAUCCUGUUUGUUGUUUUUGCUUGCUGUGUGCAUUGUUGGUUUUGUGUCGGCGAAGCCACAACUACUUGUACUGGGAAACUGUGGAGCAAAUGAGGAAUUCUCACUUUGCCUCCUCGGCUGUCCGGCAACGUGCAAUAAUCCCAAUCCUUCGGGAAUCCUUUGUGUACAACCAUGCGUUCUGGGCUGUCAAUGUCGAGCUGGUUAUAUAAGGAAUAGCCAAGGAAAUUGUGUCCAACCGGAGGAUUGUUGAGGGACCCCAAAAAUUAUAGAAAGGCUUGCCGAAAAUUAAUUCAAAAACUGUGUAAAUUGUUCUGUUAUGAGAAUAUAAAAAAAAAUAAAAUAAAUAAUAAAAAAGUAUUUAGCAACGUAUAACAUCA